CCAUGGAGACCGCGGCCUAGCGGGGCCCGCCAUGUCCUUUAAGCGCGACGAGAGCGACCCGGGGCCGCUCGGGGCGCUGCAGAGGCGCCGCGUGGCCGAGCUGCUGGCCAGCGCCAUCCCCGAGGACGAGGCGCUGCUGCUGCGCGAUGGCAGGCUGGCGUGCUCGCUGUGUCCCCAGCGCCCCGUGUGUGACACCCUGCAGACGCUGCUGCUGCACCGCGCGGGCAGGAAGCACCUGGACAAUCUGCUCCGUUCCUUCGGGCGGCCGCGCUGUCCCCAGGUGACCCCGGAGGGACCCCAGGUGACCCCGCAGGAGGCCCCAGGUGUGCAGGCCCCGCUGCUGUCCCGGACGCGCCGCCUGGCCCGGAGCGCUCUGCUGACAACGGCCCCGUACAACAGCUGCUGCAGGAGAGACAGGACGAAGGGCAGCAGCUCCCGGGCCGGGAUCCCCGGGAUGAUCCCAAAGAAUUCCCAGACGCCGCCGGAGCCGUCACGGAGCCCCGGGAACGCCGGGAGCCCCGCGCACAGAGAGGGCGCUGCCGGGGACGGCAGGCGGGGAAGGAAAGGGAACUCCCAAAGCCCCAGAGAGGGGCCGAGCCCCGAGCGGCUGCGGAUCCUGCGGCACCACCUGCACCUGCGCAGCCGGGGCUGGCUCCAGGAUCCCGCUGGGAACUGGGUCAAGGACAGCAACGCCGAGUUCGACUCCGACGAGGAGGAGCCGCCACCGCUGCCACCAGCCUGACGCCCCCAGGUGUCCCCAGGCGUCCCCAGGUGUCCCCGGGUGUCCCCAGGUGUCCCCAGAGCCCCGGGAAUAAAGUGGGAAUUUUUUGGG